AUGGAGGCGGCGGGCGGGCGGGCGCUGCCGUGUCUACUGACCGCCGUGGGGCUGCUCUCGGCGCUCAGCGCCGCCGGGACGCUCUUCUUGCUGGCGCAGUGGCGGGAGCUGGGUGCGGCGCUGCGGGAGCUCGAGGCGACGCGGCCCGCCGCGGCCAACGGCUCCGUGCGGAGCCUGCCGGGUGCCGCCGGUCCCGGCCAACCGACCCCCGCCGCCCGCAGCAAGCGGAGCCGCCGCGUGGAGCGCGCCCGCGGGCACAUCCGCGCCGAGAACGAAGACCUGCUGAUGCUGAUGACCUACUCCAUGGUGCCGGUCCGAGUGAUGGUGGAUUUAUGUAACAGCACAAAAGGGAUAUGCCUAACAGGCCCUCCAGGUCCCCCAGGGCCUCCUGGACUUGAUGGAAUACCUGGCUACAAUGGAUCAGAUGGAGUUCCAGGUACACCGGGACAAAAGGGAGAACCAGGAAUAAACGGAAAAAGAGGAAAAAUAGGCAUGCCAGGUCCAAAAGGUGAUCAAGGACAGAAAGGAGAACCUGGAGAAAUGGGCUUACCUGGCAAGGAUGGUAUGCCAGGAGGAAAAGGUGCAAGAGGAGCAAAGGGUGAAAAGGGAGAUGCAAACAAUGAUGUUGUAUUGGAAGGUGCAAAAGGCGAACCUGGACUGCCAGGGCCCCCUGGACCACCUGGACCCCCAGGGCCUCCAGGAAAACGUAAAGGCAAAGGUAAAGUGCAGCUUCAGGAGAACAUAUACAGCAGCAAAUGCACAGGUGAGACAUGUGCUGUACCAAAUGAUGAUACUCUGGCUGGGAAAGCUGAAGACAGAACUCCUGGUCCUUCAAAAAAAGCUGCAUGUGUCAUAACAUCUGUAGGAAGUCCUGUUCACUUUGUCAGUGUACAGCAGACAUUUGGAACUUGGAUGAGGGAGCCUGCAAAUAUAAGUGAUGAGAGGAUUUGGCUUACCAUGCACUUCUCAGGAAACUCUAUAAAGGAAUAUGAGAAUUCCAAUGCCUUGCUGAAUGACAGCUACAGGAUCAUUAACAUCACAGGAUUCUUUUAUGGAUGUGGUCAUGCAGUACAAAACAAUCACCUCUACUACCAAAAGGGAGGAACCAAUGUCAUUCUGAAACUUGGCCUCGAUAAAGCCUCGCUGGGCACACUGCUAAUUGAAAAUGCCUUGUAUCAUGGCCGCAACUACCUCUUUUCUAACUCAAAGACCUAUUUCAAUAUAGCGGUGGAUGAGAAGGGUCUUUGGAUUAUAUAUGCCUCAAGCACUGAUGAAAAUAUAAUAGUAGCAUGUAUUGAUGAAGAAACAUUCUCAGUCAUUCGGCAUAUCAAUACCACGUAUCCCAAGUCCAAGGCCGGUAACGCAUUCAUAGCCUGUGGCAUUAUGUAUGUAACUGAUACUAAGGAUAUGACAGUAAGUUUUGCUUUUGAUUUACUGAAAGAGAAGCAGAUUGAUGCAAGGUUUGAGUUACGGUCUUCACAAUCUGUUCUUGCUAUGCUUUCAUACAGUCUAAGAGAUAAGAAUUUGUAUACAUGGGAGAACGGGAGCUUAAUGAUAUACCCUGUACAUUUUGGCAGCUGA